AUGGGCAUGGAGGGCAGUGAACUCGGUGUGGUUGAGGCUGAAGAGGCUGGAGAGGCUCCUGAGAUAGCAAGGCCUUUACAGCAAACCCUACACCUUCCUGCAAGGGUGUCUGGUCCUUACACAAACGAAGACCGAAACAGGGGCGUCCCGAGCGGCGACUACCAGCACCAGUACGGCACCUUCCAAGGCGUCGCCAACUACCCCCCGCCGAACCCGCCGCACCAGCAGCCGGCGAUCGGCUACCCCCAGCCGGCGCCUCCGCCGGGCGCCACCGAUACCUCGGCCCUCCCUCCUCCUCCACCUCCCCACUAUUACCAUCAUGGGUAUCACACCGUCCCAGGUUAUGCUGUUGCUGAAGGAAGACCAGUAAGAGAAUCACGGCUGCCUUGCUGUGGUAUUGGAGUUGGAUGGUUUCUGUUUAUCCUUGGCUUCUUCCUUGGUCCCAUCCCUUGGUACAUUGGACUACUUCUUCUUGUCUGCAGAAGGAUAGACUACCGGGAAAAGCCUGGAUAUAUCGCUUGUACAAUCGCCGCAAUCCUGGCAACAAUUGCAAUUGUCCUUGGUGUCACAAGAGAAGCCGAUGAUUGGUAACAUCAUAGCAAAUGGCCAUAAUAGGUAUCUGAAAAUGGCAUGGUUCAUGUGAUAUAGCUGGUGACUACAUGAACAGAUGGGGCCAUCACGUUAUCAACCGUAAUUAAUCACAAAUUUUCCUUCUGUCUGAUGAGCAAGGAAAACAGCAUGAUUGUGUUGGUCCGAGAAGUCCAUGUUUUGGAAUCAUUCCUAGUCUUCAAGGAUCGUUUUGUGGAAUUAAGAACAAGGUUAUCCUGUCUUUUUUAUUGGCGAGCCUCAUGACGUAUGUAUAUAAUCGUUGAUGUGACUACGUCUGCGAUGUUUCUUUGAAAUGUUAUAUUGUGAAGCUA